CCACCUCCAGCCCCGUUUCCUGAUCCUCUAGCCUCACCCGCAGCGCAGCCUGGGCUGGGGAGUCAGGCAGGAAUGCAGCAGAAAGGACUCACUCUCAUGGUCUUGGCCGCCUGUGUGGCCCUUCCCAACUCAGAAGCCAUACUUCCCAUUGCCUCCAGCUGUUGCACUGAGGUUUCACAUCAUAUCUCGCGAAGGCUUCUGGAGAGAGUGAAUCUGUGUCGCAUCCAGAGAGCUGAUGGGGACUGUGACUUGGCCGCUGUCAUCCUUCACGUCAGGCGCAGAAGAAUCUGUGUCAGCCCGCACAGUCCUCUUAUUAAGCAGUGGUUAAAAGAACAAGCAGCCAAGAAAAACGCCAAAGGCAACAUCUGCCACAAGAAGAAACACGCUGGCCAGAGGAAAAGUAAAGGAGCACAUCAGGGGAAACCAGAAAUCCACAGCCAUAAAACUCCUUAUUAAGGCGUUGGCAAAUGAACCUACACAGACAGUUCCUCAACUGGACUUGGCCAUGGUUGCUUGUAAAUUUCUCUCGCGAAAGUUCCUUAUUGGGAGUCGACAGGGCAAAACAAACUAUACAUUUUAAAGGAACAAUUAUGCAGGAUGCAAACGUAGCCAAUAAUAUGCUCAUCUGAAAAUGAAAUGAAAAGAUAUUACUUCUCUUCAUAUCCUAUUUUAAGAGCAGCAUACAGAUCUAAUUUCUCCAACUUUUUUAUAAUGAAGAUUUGCAAACCUACAGAGAAGUUGAAAGAUUUUCACAAUGAACACUUACGUACCUUUCACGUAGAUUAAUGAUUGUUAAUAUUUUGCCACAUUUAUUUUCUCUCUUUUCUC